CAAAUCAGACACCACCAGUCGCCAAAACUCCCAGUGAGAAAGAACGAUGCAGAGAUUUUGUUCAAAGCUUCGAGCUUUGGCUCAUCUCAAACCUCCUUCUACUUCUUCAUCUUCCCUUAACCGCUUGUACCAGUCAUCUAAUUUCCAGCGCCCUUUUUCAGCUUUCUCUUCGAUUUCUCCCCAAUCCAACUCCCAUUUCAAUUCACCCAUUACUUCUUUAGUGCUAAUUAGAAAUGGGGGUUCCUGCUCCUUCUCCUUCUCCCUCUCCCCUUCUUCUUAUGCACAAGUGAGGAACUUUUCAGCUAAAUCUAAGGAGAAGAAAUGGAAGAAGACUACUCCAGCUACCUCAAGAGUCAAGAAGAUCAAGAUCAAGGGCUAUUCGUCAUAUAAAGGAAGGUUCAGGACUUUAAAUGACGGGACAAUUAGGCGAUGGAGGGAAGGCAAGCGACAUAAUGCACACUUGAAGUCAAAGAAAGCUAAAAGAAGGCUAAGAAAACCAGAGAUCGUGCAUUUGGCUUACGCAAAAGUGAUGAAGAAGCUCAACUUUUGUGCAAAUUUAUGAAAACUGUAUGCAAAAGAUGCUGAUGUUCGUAACGGAUAUCAUGUGUGGAGGUAGUUCAUCCUUCUUGAAUACUAGUUUAGUGUAUUUUGUUCUAAACUCCAAGAUCUAGUUAGCUACUCCUGCCUUACUGUCCUUCGAGACGUCUUUUUUUCGUGUUGCUAUCGAUCAUUGUAUGAUUUAAAACAGAUUUUAGGCAAUCUGUAACAGAAUUUUGGAGUGAUCCGUGGAAGUUGCAGAUUAAGGCUCCUAAUAAGGCCACCUUUUUCCGAGGCUUCUGUUC